UAUGCAAAUGAAGUCGGCGAAUCAUUUCGAGCGUUAAUUCCCGUUAAUUUUGUUCGUUUAUCGUAUGUAGUGUCAUUUGGAUAUGUUUGCGCAGAUACUGCUGAUAAAAGCCGAAAAUCUCUGCGGUUGAAAUAUGCGAGCGAAGAAGAGCGUUGCAAGGCAGUUGGGUUAACUGCGAUUGAUACACUUCUAUGGCAAAGUUUUGCCUCAGUUAUCGUUCCCGGCUUUACGAUUAAUCGUCUUUGUGCGCUCACCGCCAAACUUCUCAGCGUAACAACUUCAUUACCGUUGCCGAUACGUAAAUGGACGACGACAGCAAUCGGUCUUUGUUCAAUACCGUUCAUCGUGAAACCGAUCGAUACAGCCGUCGAAGUUGCAAUGGAUUCAUCCAUCCGAAAGUAUUAUCCUAAGAUUGCGAUCGACGAGAAACAAGUCUAG